UUAAGGCUGGGGGCGGGGUGAUGACGUAGAAGGCGCCAUAAUCAAAAACAUCCGCAGCUUGGAGUGCAUGUUUACAUCUCAGCAGCUUCAGUACGUUAUUAAACACAGAUUAAAGAAGGAUUAUGGAGGCAGCGGCUACGAAAGGUGUUUUGAGUCAUCUGAGUCUGCUGGAAGUUCAGGCAAGAAGCCGUAAAGCUCAACCUCAGCAGCCGAGUCGAGUGAAGGAGCUGAAGGCUAAAGCUGAAGCACUGAUGACCCAGAGAGACCAACUGAAGGCAGAGAUAGAGACACACAAGAGUCUCCAGAAACUGAGGGCAUCUAUGAACAAACAGUGUACACAUGAAGAAGAAAAGGAGGAGGAGGAGGAAAUGGAUGAAGACUCUGAGAACUCACAACUACUGCGACUGAUGGCCAGACACACACAACUGAAAGACCUCCUGCAUGCUCAUCACAUCAUUGGUGGGUACGACAUCAUAAAGACCCGUCAAGGUAAAGGAGUGUGCGUGUCCGUGGCGACGGCCUACGAGGGCAUCUACUUAGAGACCUACAACCUGGAGAUGGACCUGAAGCCCACGCUGAGGAUCAGCCGUCAUAACGUUCCCCCGUUCAUUCCUUUAAACAGCCUGGCUGAGCAGAGCAACAUGCAGACAAACAUAAGGACUCUUCUGGAUCCCCUCAGCCAACAUCUCAACGCCUUCGCCGGUCGCAAGCAGCAGUUGAAGCUUGUUAAGGAGCUCCAUAAGUCUGUGGAAGUGAUGGAGAGUAAUGUGUUGUGUUCGUUACUGGUGCUGAUGUUCACGUUGCCCGGAGAGAAGACGGCUGUUCUCUGCUCACUCGAUUACUCUGACCACACCAGAUGUCUCCCCACACGAGUCCACAUUGAAUGUGACGAUGAGGAGCUUCCCGAGUCUCCAGAGUGGAAGAAGAACUGCAGCCUCCUCAUGGAGACUCCUGUGCACAAAGCUUUGAUAACCAUGAGGAAGAUGGGGAAUAUUGUGUAAUAUGUUCAGAAAUAUAAUGAAACUUUUCUAUAUUAGAUGUACAUUCUCAUUGUUUAUAAUAAAUCACUGCUAGUUGAACCUUUUCUUCCUUGCUGUUGCAAAUGUUGAGUUGAGUCUAAACUUUGUGGAGUUCCUCUACGGAGGUUUCACAUGUAUCUCCACGUUGCUUUUGUCCUUGAGUUUUUCUAUAAACGCUGCCACACUCUUGUGUAACGUCUCCCUCUGAAACUGUCUCAGCCGCUCCAUUUCCUCUCGGGCUUCCCGCUGUUGCCUGGCCAGCUCCUUUUCUGAUAUUGCGUCAAUAGUUGCGAUGUUUUUCAUCUGCAUGAGAGACAUGCUGCUCUGGAUGUUUCCUCUGCGUCUCACUGUGCCGACGGGUUUGACUGACGGUGAUGGUGGUGCCGAUAUGGACCGACUCUGCUCCACCAGCUCACCUCCUUUGUUGUGAUAUGGGGAUGUGCUGGAGUACGAUCUCCUGCCACCGGAUGUUUGAAUACCUCUUGACUGCGUCUCUGCAUUUGUGUGUUCUCCAAUUUCUUUCAUGGCGAUGUUGACUGUCGCUUUGGGCUCGACCACUUUCACCAUCACGACUCGUCUCUGUUCGUUUAUCAGCGAGUCUCUUCUCUGGUGAAGCAUCUUGCGAGUGUACCUGUACUGUCUGUCCAACAUGUUGAGUUUAUGCUGCAGAUCCCUCUCCUCCUUUUGGUUCAACACUCUCAGAUCUCUCUGCAGCACACCAGGUCUUCUUAAGCUUUCAUCCAUUAUUUACAAGAGAGGGCUAGAGGGAGAAAUAUGUAUUUUUAAAUCGUUCAAUUCAGUCACAUCUUCUGUUUAAAUUAAAGCAAAGGUGUGUUUUCUUACCUGAUUUCUGUCCCCUAGAGCGCCGUGUUCUACAGGUGUGUUUGCUGCUAUGGCUGUCUCAGCGUUUGUAACAUAAUAGUCUAUUAUAUUUGAAGUAAAGUGGAUGGGAUUGUUGGU